AUGAAGUUGAAUCCGGAGAAGUGUGUGUUUGGGGUCAAAUCAGGGAAAUUCUUGGGCUUUAUGGUCAGUGAACGGGGGAUAGAUGCAAAUCCAGAUAAGGUGAAUGCGGUACUCCAAAUGAAACAACCAAAAACCAUUCAUGAUAUACAGAGAUUGACUGGAAGGAUGGCAGGAUUGACCAGAUUUAUCAGCAAGUCAGCCGACAAGGCGCUUCCGUUUUUCAUGGUACUAAGAAAGAACAAGGCAUUCGAGUGGGGAAAGGAACAGAGUGAUGCCUUGGAAGUAGUAAGGAAUCAUCUCAGAUCUCUUCCCACGAUUGCCAGGCCCGAGAAGGGAGAAGUGAUGCAGUUGUAUAUUUCAGCAUCACCAAAAACGGUAGCAGCCGUUUUGAUAGUGGAAAGGAAGAAGCAGCAGAAGCCGAUAUACUUUGUCAGUCAUGUAUUGAAUGCGGCAGAACGCAUAUAUCCAGUGAUAGAGAAGAUGGCGUUAACAGUAGUAGUGGCGGCUAGAAAGUUGAGGCCUUACUUUGAUGCACAUCCAAUAGAGGUGUUAACCAAUCACCCUUUGGAGAAAUCAUUGCAUAAAAUGGAUACAUCUGGUAGAUUAUUGACAUGGGCAGUUGAGUUGUCGGAGUAUGAAAUAAGCUACAGGCCGAGAACGUCAAUUAAGGCUCAAGCAUUGUCGGAUUUUAUUGUUGAAACCACAUACACGGACGAAGAGGAAGAAUUGGGCACAUGGCAGGUAUCACUUGAUGGUUCAGCUAUGGCAACGGGGGCAGGGGCUGGUGUUUGGGCUGGAAUUGUGAUAACGGCUCCGGACGGGAAAAUGUUUGAAUAUGCCAUGAAGCUUAAGUUCAAGGCAACAAAUAAUGAAGCCGAGUAUGAAGCUGCAAUAGCCGGAAUGCAGUUGUCAAUCACAGCAGAAGCAAAGCAGCUGGUUUUAACAACUGACUCCCAACUGGUAUCAAGUCAGUAUGAUGGAGAGUAUGAAGCUCGAGAGCCCGCAAUGGUGAAGUAUUUGGAGAAAAUGAAACAGUUAGCAGCGCAGUUACAAUAUUUUGAGAUAAAAUUAGUUCCGAGACUGAAAAAUGCUCAAGCGGAUGCGUUGGCAAGAUUAGCAAGUUCAAGUUUUGAUGACUUGGAAAGGACGGUCAUGGUGGAGGUUUUAAAGCAGAGAAGCAUAGAUGAGAUGUCGGCAGAGGUUUUGUGUAUUGAUGUUGGGAACCAGUGGUAUGAUAAAAUACUGGCAUACCUCAUCCAUGGUGCAGGGCCGGCGGAUAAGGGGGAGUUGAAAAGAUUAAGGAAAGAUAGCGUGUGGUUUGUCAUGUACCAAGGUCAGUUAUACAAAAGGGGGUUUUCACUGCCAUUGCAAAGGUGUAUAACGAAUUUUGAGUCAGCAAGGUUGUUAGAAGAAUUGCAUGAAGGUAGCUGUGGUAACCAUCUCGGAGCAAGAGCCUUGUCCAGAGAAGCAAUGAGAAGGGGAUACUACUAG